CGGGUCGAUGGCACAGACCAAUGUGAAUUAUAAGACACUAAAUGAAGAGCAGCAGCAGCAUAAAAUUAUGACUGAAGGUCAUGACUACGAAGCGAACGAAGUGGAAGACACACCAAGAAGCAGUGGUGUACUCUUGCACACAGUACCCGAAAUUAAUAGAGCACGAUGGAACCACAUCGAGGACUUGGAUUCGUUCUUUACGCGAAUGUAUCACUACCAUCAGAAGCAUGGUUUUGUCAUCAUCGUACUGGAGGAAUUUUUCCAGCUAAUAGAAUUUGCCUUUGUCGUGUGGUUGGUUACCUUCGCCGUCCAUUGUAUCAAUCAUGAUGUACUGUUUGGCAAUCGACCACCACCGGACAAUCACACAAAGAUAACAUUCGAUGAUGUUAUAAUACCGAUGGAUGUGUGUGUGGACAAUUUUAAUGGCAUUACCUAUUCGAUACUGUUCGUGGCCGCGCUGUAUUUGUUAAUACGCACUAUAAAAGUGUUGUAUCACAUCUCCCAGUAUUGGGACAUCAAGAAGUUCUACAACACUGCGCUGCAUAUUGAGGAUGGCAAUUUGGAUAAUGUCACCUGGCAUGAGAUCAAGAAGAAGGUGCGUGAGGUCCAGGCGGAACAGCAUAUGUGCAUCGAUAAAGAUCAUUUGACCGAUUUGGAUAUCUAUCAUCGUAUAUUGCGUUUUAAGAAUUACUUGGUGGCCUUGAUGAAUAAGAAUCUGCUGCCUGUACGUUUCACGCUGCCCGUGGUGGGGGAGGUUGUGACACUGAGUAGAGGAUUGCUGUUCAAUAUUGAUUUGAUAUUGUUUCGUAGUCCAGGAUCACCGUUUCAAAAUAAUUGGCAGCUACAUGAUGACUAUUCGGUGAGAGGGAAUCAAAGAGAGCUGGCAAAUCGACUGUCGAAGCUAAUUUUGUGGGUGGCCAUAGCAAAUUUGGUAUUUGCCCCGGUGAUAUUUAUAUGGCAAUUGGUGUAUUUCUCCUUUACCUAUGCGAAUAUAUUGAAAAAGGAACCGGGUGCCUUGGGCAUGAGGACAUGGUCCAACUAUGGCCGUUUGUAUUUGAGGCAUUUCAAUGAAUUGGAUCAUGAACUGGAUGCCAGACUUAAUCGUGCCUAUGAAUAUGCAGAUCGUUAUUUAAAUUCCUUCUCCUCCCCGUUGCUGGCAGUGAUUGCCCGGAAUAUUUUAUUUAUAACCGGAGGAAUGUUGCUGCUGAUCCUGGCCAUGGGCAUUUAUGAUGAAUAUGUCUUCCAGGUGGAACAUGUUUUGACUUUGAUCACCCUACUCUCGGCCAUUGGUUUGGUUUGUCGCAACUGUAUACCAAAUGAGAAUUUAAUAUGGUGUCCGGAACAGCUGAUGAAUGCGAUAUUGGCCCAUGUCCACUAUUUGCCAGCCAAUUGGAAAAAUCAAGCCCACACCUCAAUGGUGCGCAACGAGUUUGGAAAUUUCUUUCAAUUUAAGGCAAGCUAUUUUAUUAAUGAGAUACUGAGUCCCAUUGUUACGCCCUUCCAGUUGUUGUUUGUUUUCCGCCCAAAGGCCUUGGAAAUUGUGAAGUUUUUCCGCAGCUUUACCGUCUCGGUGAGGGGAGUGGGUAAUGUUUGUUCCUUUGCCCAAAUGGAUGUACGUAAACAUGGUAAUCCCGAAUGGCAGCCAGAAGAGAUGUCCUCCCUGCACACAGACGUGCCAGUGGGAGAGAAGAUGCAAACGGCAGGGAAUAAUGGUAAAACCGAAUUGUCUUUGUUACGCUUUACCCUGACCAAUCCUGAAUGGCAAAUGCCUCCGGAAGCUGUGCAAUUUGUAAAUGGGGUAAGGCAGAAUGCUAUCAAUGAUUUGAGUAAGCUGAAGAAAAAGGAGUUUACUUUGAAUCCUCUGACGGAAAGUUUAAUCUCCUUUGGAACAAUUGGAAAUGAAUAUUCCUCCAUUGCCAAGUCUUUGAUAUUCCAUCACAAUGCCAUGCACAAUGGAGAGGAGGGUAUGAUGGGUCAAAAUCAAAAUCACUGCCAAUGUUAUUUUGAACAAAUGCUGCAACAGGGCCUGGGGGAACAUUCACGCAUGCAGGACAAUAUGAGUAUGUCACGAAGAAUGAUGGGCGGCACAGAUAAUGCCAAAAUAUUGGGAGCCUCAAAAAUGGUGGGAAGUACCAAUGGGCCCUCACAAUCGUUGAUAUGCAGUCUUUACGGCCCGGCCAGUGCCGCCUGUGAUAAGCCUCAGGAUCUGACAGAGGCUGAUAUGUGUCUCAGUGUUCUCUAUUUACAUGAAAUGCAUCACAAAACUGUACAGGAGAAUCCUUUAUUUAUAGCCGAGGGAGAUGGAAGAGGAGAUAGUAAUCAACCACAAGAUCCCGAUACAGAUGUAAGAAUUGCAAGGCCAGGUACCUCAACGGCCACCAUAGUGACAACGGCAAGAUCCGACUCAGCUGCAGCCGAAACAACUCCCCUCUUGGGGCUGAGGUCAUAG